AUGUCUCUUGGACGCACUUACAAGUUGAACUCGGGCUACGAGAUUCCCGCCGUCGGUCUCGGAACUUGGCUCUCCAAGCCUCACGAAGUUGAGAAGGCCGUUGAGCAUGCCUUGCGCAGUGGUUACCGUCACAUCGAUGCCGCAGCAUGCUAUCAAAAUGAGAAUGAGGUCGGAAAUGGCUGGAAGAAGUCAGGUGUGCCUCGUGAGGAGAUCUUUAUCACUAGCAAGCUGUGGAACACACACCAUCACCCCGACCACGUUGAGGAGGGCCUCAACCAGACCCUGAAAGAUCUCCAAACCGACUACGUGGACCUGUACCUGAUCCACUGGCCUGUCGCCUUUGAGCACACCAACGAAACUCUCACGCCGACCGACCCGGUCACAAAGCGAUUCCGCAUAGCCGAUGUUCCGGUCGCCGAUACCUGGGCCGUUCUGGAGAAGCUCGUCGCUGCAGGCAAGAUCCGCAGCAUUGGUGUUAGCAACUUUACUAUCGAUGAUACCAAGAAGCUGCUUAAGACUGCGAAGAUUGUUCCCGCCACCAACCAGAUUGAGGCGCAUCCUUUCCUCCAACAGCCCGAGCUGACCAAGUUCUUGAAGGAAAACAACAUUCUCACUACUGCAUACAGCCCUCUCGGAAACAACACAUUCAACAUUCCGCGUGUUAUCGACGACCCGACAGUUGCGGAGAUCGCCAAGAAGCUUAACAAGGACCCCGCUCAGUUGCUGAUCUCAUGGGCCAUUCAGCGGGGCUCUGCUGUGCUGCCCAAGAGCGUUACACCUUCCCGCAUUGAGAGCAACUUCCAGGACUUUGUUAUUCCUGAUGCCGAGUUCGAGGCUUUGAACAACCUCGACCGUAACGCGCGAUACAACUACCCCUUCCGCUGGGGAGUGGACGUUUUUGGAGAGCUGGGAGCUGAGGAGGCUGAGCGUCGGGCUGAGGAGCACGCUGCCACCCAGCGAUAA